GCACCAGAAGCGCCUUAGCGCCCCCUCCCACUGGCUGCUGGACAAGCUGUCCGGUCUCUAUGCCCCCAAGCCUUCUGCCGGUCCUCACAAGCUCCGUGACUGCAUGCCCCUGAUCGUCUUCAUCCGCAACCGUCUCAAGUAUGCCCUCAACUACCGCGAGACCAAGGCCAUCAUGAUGCAGCGCCUGGUCAAGGUUGACGGCAAGGUCCGCACCGACAUCACCUACCCCGCCGGCUACAUGGACGUCAUCACCAUCGAGAAGACUGGCGAGAACUUCCGUCUUAUCUACGACACCAAGGGCCGCUUCACCGUCCACCGAAUCCAGGCCGAGGAGGCCGAGUACAAGCUGGGCAAGGUCAAGCGCGUUCAGCUCGGCCGUGGUGGAAUCCCAUUCUUGGUCACGCACGAUGCGAGAACCAUCCGUUACCCUGACCCCCUGAUCAAGGUCAACGACACCGUCAAGAUUGACCUUGCCACCGGCAAGAUCACCGACUUCAUCAAGUUCGACACUGGCGCCGUCGCCAUGGUCACUGGUGGUCGUAACAUGGGCCGUGUUGGUGUCAUCACCCACCGUGAGCGUCACGACGGAGGCUUCAACAUCGUCCACAUCAAGGACGCCAUUGACAACACCUUUGCCACCCGUGAGAGCAACGUUUUCGUCAUUGGCCAGGAGAAGCCCUGGAUCUCCCUGCCCAAGGGCAAGGGUGUCAAGCUCACCAUCGCUGAGGAGCGUGACCGCCGACGUGCUCUGGCUCACUAAAUGGAGAAAAAUCGGUAGUACUUUUUUUCUUCUUUUAGUGGACGAUAUCAAUCAAUGGUUAAAAAAAUGGCAUAUAUGUGGACUGGAGUCUCGGAUUUGAUGUUUGCUUUAUUAG